AUGUCGCGCCGCCCCAUCAGACAUCCCAAACACCCAUUGGGACUCUUUGUCACAGGAUGGGGGCUCGUGCGCGACCGUUUGGACUCGAUUUCAUCACGAAAAGUCUCUUUGAAGGGCGGCCAGGCGGAAGUCACGCCAGCGCUCAUCCAUCGACUUCCACCGGAGAUACUGGCAUAUGUCUUCGAGAUCCUGAGCGACAUCUACCCUGUACUGGGAGGUACUUCUCGGCAGCCGUUGUUCUAUAAUAAUUGGCUCGUUGUCACCCGUGUCUGCGGCCACUGGCGCCGUAUAGCUUUUGACCACGCCGUUCUAUGGACAGUCCUCAGUCCUAGCAUUAUUGAUCAUCCUUUACUUUGCCGGUUCUGGCUCGAGCGCUCUAGCUCUAAGAUGGACGACACACACGACGAUGGGCCUUCGAGCAACCUCGCUUAUCCACGAGGAACCAUGCCGUUGGUCGUAUGGACGGAUCUGAAGGCCACGGAAACGUGCAUGGCCUUAUUGAUGUACAACAUUCACCGCAUACGGGAGCUCAAACUCUUCUUCGAAACGGGACGGGCCUCACCUAACGUCAUGAUCUCCGUUAUACAGCAUCUACAAAACCGGGAUCCUGUACCACAACUACAGGGAAUCGACCUUACGAGUGGCGUCGAUGACUUGCCAUCUUCCUCGCUGUGUUGGAAGAUUCUGUCCAGACUUCUCAUGUCCGCCUCUGCUUUGCGUACCUUGGCGUUGAGCAGGACUUGGUUCUCAUGGGCGGACAUGGGGGUAGGAGCGCUCAACGGUCUCCGCGAGUUACGGCUAACGAGCUGCGAACGCGUUGGCCGCACCACGUUCUCAAAUGUUGUGGAUGCUUUGCACCACACACCGGCUCUGGAGUACCUCGUCUUGCGCGGAGUGAUACCUUCGGACGGUUCAGAGCUAUCCCAUUCCUAUCCAACCAUCUCCUUGCCGAAGCUUCGUCACUUGAAAGUCGAUGAGGACGGAGCGCAGGGUCUUCGGCUGUGGUCCCUCAUUGAGUCCCACCCCGAUGCCAUAAUGGACGUUGACGCCGGCCUUACCAAUGCGCAGACGAUCAUCCCCAUGGCGAGCCCCGCUCUCGCGCACUUUCAGGACCCACACCCUUUAUCCUUUCAAAUCGUUUCCAACGUGACUGUCGUUGUCUAUUUGGCCCGAGACGGAAUGCCAGACAAACACGACGCAAAGGCGACACCUCAGCCUCGGUCUCGCCUCAAGCUCUCGCUGAGAGUGUACGGGUUGGAUUCUCGCGACGAAAUUCGGACAAGGGAUACUCUUCGCACCGGCCUCAUGGGCGCUCUACCAUUACACCGAAUCACCCAUCUCGUGACCCGUCGAGAUGAUGGGCAUGAAACCGAAGCGGAUUUGCCGCCCUCCUGGAUGGUCCGCUUGACCGCCCUUGAACGUAUCUCGGCGAACUGUCUCCGUCCAACGGGAAUCCACAAUCUUGCGCGCGCGAUAUGUCCGAGUCCGCCAGGGGACGACGUCUCCGAAAGCUUGCCAAUCCCGGCUCCAGCGCUCCAGAAGCUGACCCUCUUACACUGCAACUUCGACGAAGAUAGCACCACAGCACUCUUGGACGCUCUGGAUCAACGUACAGAUGCGGGGCGUUGA